AAAAUGCCAAAGACAUCUAUUUUUAAAACUCGUGUGGGCACAGAACUGCUGAUGGGUAGGAUAAUCAAGCUAAGCAAUAUUGGUGUCGACCAUGUCCCAUGUGCGCAGGUUAGAUGCCGAAUGAAUGAGUUCAAUAUAUACCUGAAGAAGUACUUUGCUCGAUCCUUUGAAUUUUGGGCGUUAGAUAGGGAAUCAAAAGCGAAUUUGGGAGAUACUGUACUGAUUCGACGAAUUGGGAUUGAUGAAAGGCCCACCACAAGUGUAGCUCAUGCCGUUGAUCGCAUUGUUUUUAAAUACGGUAAUAUUGUAGAUCCUGUUACCGGUAAGCGUGUUAUUAAGGAUGAAUUUGCUGACGAUAUUGAACUACGGAAGCACCUUGUGGGAGAAAUAAUGGAUGCUCCUUUGCAGCAAGAUGCCUUACUAUUUGAUGAGCGACGAGCUAUUCAACGUCUUUUAUUGGAGAAGAAGCAGACAGAUCUAUCAGAGCAAAAAUCUGAUUGGUCUAUAGAAAUGGAAGCAGAGAAUCUGUCAAACGCUCGUUUCGUGAAAGUGCAUAGAUACGUGGAAGAGCGAGCAGCACAAGUAGCUAAUCUCCUUCAGGUAGUCGACAAUGCGAAUCUUGUUUCUGGUGAGGUUACGAAAGGGCCACGGACGGCAGCUCAACGGCUCCCAAGACAUAUGAGACGGUACUUCCUCUUAGUAUUUAGGGAAUGCAUCAGUCGCGCGAUGGCGUACAACGUUCGUCGGUUUCCUAAAGGAAUUCGAAAUUUCGCAGCUCCGUUUUUAGCUCUAGCGAAGCACAGGAAAAAGCCACCGAGUCGAUUUUCCCGUCGAAGGCCAAGGAAUCUCUUACUUAAUUACAUUAGACGACAGAAGAAAAGUGUUUGGCUUGAGACCCAUAUUUGGCAUGCGAAGCGAUUCCAUGUAGUCGACAGAUGGGGUUAUCGGGUACCUGACCGGAGUUUCCACCGUAACUUUCGCCCUUGUUAUCGGGAUUCUACAAGGCACUGCACCGUACGCGACAAAAGUUAUUUGUCAUGUUUGUUGAUAUCUCAUGAAGAUCAAGCAACGAUUAUUUCCAUGUUGAGUCCAUUGUGUAUGAAUGCCACCUCUCCAACAUUUGCGUUUAAAAGCUCCCUAGAUGGCAGCGAUCUCUGUAAAUUAGCGCUAUGGAUGCAUCCGUCUUGUCGAGAAGAAGCUCUAUCAGUGCUGAAAGAAUUACUGGAGCUUGUUGAAGAGGAACAUGUGGAGAAUAGCGAUGAAGUCCAAGACUUACGAGAUCAACUGGUGCGGAUUCGUUUAUAUGGUCCACUCGCUGUUUCGAUUGUAGGCGACGCCUUAAAAACAAGUCAUUCGGAAUGGCAAGAUUCUGUUUCUAAACUUGCGACCGGAAGUUUUGUCGACGGUUCCGUUUUUUCACUACUGGUUGAAGAUCCUAGAAUUUCUCGACCUACUCGCAAAAAGAUACCUUGUUCUGAAUGCAUCGGAUUGCCACUAAUAUGUUACUGUAUUCCACAAGUAGCCUUUUGGAACAAUGAUGUUCGAAUGAAAGCUCUUUCAGAUAGGAUGACAGAUUCGGAACUAAAUAAACUGAAAGGGCAAUCCCUUGGGCCAAUUAGUACUACGCCAGCAAAGGUGCCGUUUUAUCCGUACCGUCUUAAGUAG